AUGAACCAACGGAUCUACAACAUGAUGACACGCGAAUCCCACGACGAUUUUCCAACCGCUGAUCCCAAAUACCCUUGCACCAUCGAUCUUAAUGUCAAAUGGGAACUUCCAUUGUUCUGCGAACAGGAAAUCGAUACCCCGAAAAACCUUUCAUCCACAUUGACGCUCAGCGGAACAGACCAGAGCGCUUUUGCCUCCACUUGUCUCGAAUACUCGAAAUGGUGCUGGUCAGACCUGGGAGAGGGCGUACUGCCUCUGUUGGAAAGAUGGCUGGUUGGGGGACAGCCUUCUAUUACCAGCCAGAUCUGCGACCGGUGCAGAAUAUUCUUCGUAAAGGCAGGAGACCAUCCUGACAAGACAUCCGUUGAUAUACGUAUGUCCGGACUACUAAAAGACUUGAUAUCUAUUACGCAACAACUCGCUUGGCUCACAGCAACAUUUCGCUUGCCUAAAAACGGCCAGCUUUUAUGUUCCGAAGCCCGGUUCUCUUGGAACAACUUCGAACUCGAGGGAAAUAUAUUCAUGCAACCUCUUGAGCCAGCAAACCAUGGCGCACAUACAUGCUGGCAUAGCAUGUUUGCCGGCCAAGUGCUUGCAGUUGGUUUCCCUGUACCAGAACGCUUCGAAGGAGAGCAAGGCGUCGAGCUGCCCUUCGAGGUCAUGGCAGCCCUAGGGUUGAUAUGGUAUCCCUUCGAACACAAUGGUGGAACUAUACUCAAAGGCCACUCAACAGCGCUUUUACCAGUCAAUAUCACCAAGGGAUCUGUUCAGUGGCAUUUCGUUACCAGCGGAGACCAGUGUGUAGAGCUUUCCCCGGACGAAAUCCGCGAGAAAUGCCCAUUCAAUGUGUCCCACAAAAAUAUGAAGAAGAACAUCACUGAGAUAGUACGGGAUUUAGUCAGCACAGAAAUGCCGGAAGACAUUCCUAUCUGGAUAGGUAAAAGAGCUUUUGUCGGAUACUUCGAGAAAGCCGAAAUACACCUUGGGACAAAAGAUUCAGGAUACGACAAGAUAACAAUCUCGAAAGCGCGGCCUGAAAAAUCGCAGCUGAGGAUUUCACGGGAUGUCACGAUGACUGCUGGCACAGAAGGCCAGGGUGUUUUCGGAAUCAAUUUCGGAUCCAGAAUUACGUACGGCAAGACAGCUCUUGCCAGAAUCCGUCUUGAAGAUGGACUUACCCUCGACAAGCUACGGAACUCUAUUCAGGUGCCCAUUCUUAUGUACGACGUGGCCACGAAACGAGGCUGGUUGGUCCCUGAGAUAAACACAAUCCUUCAUUUAUGCCUAGCCUGGGCUGCGGGUCAGGAUGAUCCCGAUAAUGUAUUGGGGAAAAUGCCCUUCGCAGAACCUUCGACUGGAGGUCAAUCCGCAUACGAUGCCAUCAAAAGCGCCAUUGCCACGGAUUUGCCUACAAGCAACGACGCCAGCACAUCCGUCAAAUUUAUUGAAAUUGUCAAGUAUCAAUAUCGCCAGUUGUGCUACAUCAAGCAAAAGCAGCUUGAGGAAGUGAACCGCGGAUUUGUACCGAUAUUUGGAUUAAGAGUACCAUCAGCACUCGGGAACCCGGAUAGACAACUGCACGGUUUCGAGUUUAUCGACAUCUCGCAUUCUCAAGAAUUUAUUCGUAGAAAAUAUGUCGAGGUGGGUUCACUGAAAGGGGGAGAAUGGCCGUCGGUAAUGUCUUACAGACCUGAUAUGGCUGUUUUAUUCUGCGAGAACCUCGGAGAAGCAAUACGGCCUGGUGGGGACCAGGCGACGUGCCUGUCAUGGUCUUCAGUUCCUGCCGACCGUUACUACCUGACGGCCAUGACAUCUUGCCUCAAACAUCUCUCUGUGCAGGAUGGCGAAGAUGAACAACAUAUCAAGCUCUCCCAGAACCUCUACUGCACUCCGGUCGAAGAAAAGGAAACUCCAUGUAGCUGCGCGAGGGGUGCUUGGCCAUGCUGUAACCCACUGUUUAAACUAAGCAGCCAUGCACCGAAGCAUCCGCCUGACAUUAAAUCGGACAGCGCCGUUAUAAUAGGGGGGGUUGAGGGAAGAUGGCGGAAAUUUUGGGGAAAACAACUUGCGCGGGUUAAGUACGUCACCAGAGGCGACAAGGUACCGGUAGAUGAUGAUCUUUCCACCGUUUGCUUGCCUCCUUCGCCGUCAAGACGAUCUUCGAAUGACUGCCACCGGGGCGACGAAUCAAUGAUGACGGUCUCCGCGAGAAGCAACACUGCUCAGCCAGAAGAUGGAUCUCCGUCAGGAGAGGAACUACCGGAAGAUGGAGAACCCCCGUCGGACGAGAGAUCUCCGAAACCCACGGCCCAGACAAAGGGUAAAGAACCGCACAAAGCAUCCUCACCAGCCAUGAUCUCGAGCUUUGAACCAGUGGAGCUCUUGCCGAUUGCCAGUCAACAGACAGAAUGUUCCAGUCCCUCUCAAAAGACUCGGAUACUUUCUCCAAAGGAUAGUCUUCAAAGCCCAAUCCCUGUCGUCGCGUCAGGGUCAGGAUCCAGGCCUACAGACUUGUGGGACAUAGAUUAA